AUGUCAAGGAUGUAUAGUAUAAGUGUGUCAGAGUGUGACAGCGUCAGUGCGAGAAUCGCGGGCGGAACUUGCUGUCGCGUGCGCAGAACUAUGCAGUGUUUCGGCUUCCACGAAGCCGAGUGCGAUGGAUGCGGCAGUGAUGAAGAAGGUCGUACAGUGGGUGAAUUGUUGUUGCCGCAGUAUGCCCUGGCGACUGGCGGGCUGGCUCGGGAUCACAGACCUCUCAUCACCUUCCCCGACAACAAUAACUUCCACGUCGUCACAGCCUCUGAAUACAGGAGAUUACUACUCUACUUAACUUCCGUACCUUCAUUGCUGGAAGCUGAAAUGGGCUUCCACAUUAUAAUAGAUCGGAGGAAAGACAGGUGGAAUUCAGUUAAAGCGGUGCUACUACGAAUAUCAGAGUUCUUCCCGGGCAUUAUCCACACAGUUUUCGUUCUGCGCCCCGCUAGUUUCCUUCAGAAGGCCCUGUCAGAAGUCAGUAGCAAGCUGUUCAAGGAGGAGUUCCGUUUCCGAGUGAUAGUAUGUUCAAGUGUCGAGGAGUUGUAUGAGCACUUCGACAGAUCUCAACUGACGCCGGACCUGGGAGGGGAGCUUCAAUACUCGCAUUCAGAAUGGAUACAACAACGAAUCGCUUUGGAGAAAUUUUCCACACUGAUGAAGGAGAUAUCGACCAAACUGGACGAAUUUAUGCACGAAAUAGUUGACUGCGACAUGGGCAACGAUCCAACACAAACCAAAGAAUUAUUAGACUGUCAAGAAUCUAGGUAUAAGUCUCUGAAGGCUGAGCUAUCAUCAGCGACCUCUGAGGGCGAGGAGUUGUUGUCUUCGAUGCGAACCCCUCACCUCACUUACAACAUCAUCAGCCACGUCGCUGCUGUCGAGAGAUUAAUCGUGCAGUUAGACGAGACGGAGAAACAGUUUGACAGUUUCUGGGAGAAGCAUUCGAUGAAAUUAAACCACUGGCUUAAAUUCAGAACAUUCUUAUUGAAUUUCAAACAGAUGCAGGCUGCUUUAGACGGACAUUUAAAGACUGCUUGUGACAUGACCGAAGUUGGUGAAACUGCAAACAGAGUACAAACUCUUCUCCAAGAAGCUAUCGAGUUUGAAAAACAGUGUAAUAAUGAUCUCGACGCUGCUUCACUGGUUAUUGAUGAAGGUGAGGUUUUAAUGAAGGACCCUCUGAGUUCUGUCGAUCACAUAGAAUCAAAGUGUGAGGAGUUAAGACGAACCAGCUCGUUGCUCAUAGAAAAAAUUCAAAAACGAAAUAUGCUAUUGACCAAAGCUAGAGAAGUUAUGGAUAGAAUUGAUAAGGCCAAUGAUUGGUGCGCGACGGGAGUAGAGAUCCUCGCCGGCGAAGGAGGUUUAAUAGCUGUUGAUAAAUCACUAGAAGAUGCCAAAAGUUUUGGAUUAACUUCACCGGAACAGUUCCGGGACAUGCUGAUGCAGUCCGCCACACCAGAGACAAGAGCUCUGGUUACACAGGUCUGUCAGCGUGUGGAGGACGUGUGGCUGAUGGUGUCCGUGAAGCGAGCGUCGCUGGUGAGGGCCUCCAGCAGACCUGCCAGGCCGGUACACGCGGUGCCGCCUCACAGCGCCGCGCCCGCGCCAACACUCAACACACAGAUGGAGACAUCGGGAGGUUCAGAGAGUUCUGGUGGUGAGGAUGCGGAGGCGAGACGAUCACGACGAGGACACGUGCUGGCUGAACUACUGCAGACUGAACGAGUCUACGUACAGGAACUCGGCUCAAUACUCAGUAUGCAUUCGAUACGUCGCACGCCAAGUAGCGCGCGGAGCCAGCGAGCAGAACGUAAUGCAUUUUGCACAUUCGCAAAGUGGACGCCGGUGCAUAUUAUCACUCGCGCUUUAUUUUCUGCUCAACUUUGUAACAUGAAGCAUGGGAAAUACGACCUGCACAAAUCCUCCAACGACCUCAGCGUGGGCACCUCGUACUCUUGGUACUACAGAAAAAACAAUUCGACUCAUCGUAAACCGAGAAAGUUGAUGAGAUCUGCUUCAGACUCCACGCUCUUCAGUGAUUACAACAAUCAGAUAAACAUGUUCGAGGUAGAUAGACGGAAGAGCAGGAAAUGUUACAAAUCUGUGAGUGACGUCGGUAAAUAUAGCCGUGUGGAGUACCAGCAUCGAGUUAUUAAACCAGUUCAGAUGCAGCCGUUCACAGGGAACUUCUUCUACGGAGAACCUUUACCGGGAUUCGAAGACACCGGGAAGACGGAAGAGAAACUAACCUAUCUACCGGAUUCAGAUAUCGUUACGAUUUCAGAAGAUAACAUGACGGAAUCUAUAACAACAGCGCCCACUAUAGUCGAACCUGAGCAGAGCCCAGAGCUCGUAAAAAACCCCAUCUACGGAUGUCGUGAGACAGACGUCCAUAUAUUGACUCCAGAAUAUUCCACGGAUUCAACCGUCACUAAAGAUUCCCAGCUAUUAUCUAAUAGCUGCACUGAACUAAGAAAAACUAUGGAUAGCCAGAACUCGGAAGACAUGCUUGGGAAAAUAAUGAAAGAUUACAAGAGAAUAAUGAAAGAAUGGAACAAUACUAUAACUGAGCAUUAUUCAACAAUGACGUAUUCCAAGAAAUCCACGCUCUGUAGCAGUAGUAACACAGGCAGUGGUAUGCGGAAUGCACAUUAUAAUUGCAAAAAACGUAAUAAAUUUACUAAAUACUUUAAAAGCAAUUACAAAUAUCCUUUUACAACUCAAAAUUAUAGACGCCACCGAAACUCGGAUUUAAGAAAAAUUCAAAGCUUAAACAGAGGAUUUUCUUUAAAUAAUUGGGCAUCUAAUAUUAAGAAUAAAUUUCGAAAAGACAAAGAUAGAUACACUCCAACGGAAUGCGAAUGUUUGGAAGCAAUUUAUGAUGACUAUGACGAGCGGUUACAGAAAUGGUGUGAAAUUGGUUAUAAGGAAGAGAUUGAAAAGCCAGAAAACCAGCAUAUGCUGCCCACAGCGUUGGUCGGACAAGCUGACGUAUUGUUCGGGAAUCUCCACGAGCUGUUCACGUUUCAUCAGGAUGUAUUCUUGAAAGAUUUGGAACGUUCGAUAUCCGCCACGGAACUCGUCGCGCUUUGUUUUGUUGAAAAAAGGGAGACUUUCUUCAGACUGUACAGCUAUUAUUGCCAGAAUAUUCCUCGUUCAGAGCGUCUGCGCGAGACAUUAGUCGACACACAUUUGUUCCUUCAAGCCUGUCAACAACGUCUUGGCCACAAGCUACCCCUCGCGGCAUACCUUCUCAAACCAGUACAAAGAAUAACCAAAUAUCAGCUACUGCUUAAGGAUCUUCUCCGGUACAGCGAGUGUGGUUCUAUGAGUGCGGGGCUGCAGCAGGCUUUAGAUUGUAUGCUAGUGGUGUUAAAAUGUGUCAACGAUUCCAUGCAUCAGAUAGCAAUCACCGGCGUACCUGUGGACCUCAAUCAACAAGGCGAAUUACUACUACAAGGAUCUUUCCUGGUGUCUUCAGAGAACAAACGUGAUCUCCGACUAAGGAUACGGCCGAGGCGAAGACAUAUCUUCCUCUAUGAAAAGGCUAUGCUCUUCUGCAAACCUGGUACCAAGAACAGCCACAACAAAGCCACCUACCACUUCAAACACGACCUCCAGAUGUCACAAAUCGGUCUGACGGAGUCGGUGAAGGGUGAUCCUCGUAAGUUUGAGGUGUGGCGUCAAGGGCGGUCCGAGGUGCACACGAUCACGGCGCCCACGACCGACGUGAAGCGCUCAUGGGUGGAGAGGAUCAAACGGGUGCUGCUCGACCAGUUACACGAGCUGAAGGGAGAGAGAGUCAGGCAGUACGCGGCGAAUCACCACCGGACAUUAAUCCAAACAAGUUCGUGGGAGACGGGCGGGUCGGCGGCGGUCGCUCGCGGUCCACACGAGGAGCCCUGCUGGUCCACGGACCCCUCCGACGACGACGACGAAGACACUGAACACGCACCGGCGGUGGGGUGCUCGCUGGUCGCGCUGUCGGACUACACGGCGGUGGGCGCCAGCGAGGUGUCCCUGCGUGAGGGACAGCACGCCGACCUGCUCAAGGUGGGCUGCGCCGGCUGGUGGUACGUUCGGUUGGCAGGCGGCCAUGGCGAGGGCUGGGCUCCGGCCGCUUACCUGGAUCAACGGAAGACAUCACGUUCGUCCAGCCGCUCGCACGACCGCCUCCACGACUGA